CGGCAUGGUUGAUUGUGGUUUCCUAUGUGAAUAAUAGUAUGACAUGUUCAGUUUGGCUGAUCUUCUACUACUACAUCCAGAUUGUCCCUUCACAGCGAGCUUGUUUGAUCUGGAUAAAGAGGAACAUCAGGUCUGUCAUCUACGUGGCCUUGCUUUGUGUGUAUAUGACGAUCUGUCUAUGUAUAAUGACAGUGUCUAGCUUUUCCACCGUCCAUUACCUGCAAAGACACAUAAGAAACAUGGCACAGCGCAGCAGCGGUUUUUCCACUGAGAAGAUUCAAAGUCAGAUGCGAGUCACCAUCACUGGGUGCUUGGAUAGCCUUCACGGUCACCACACUGUACAUAACAGGAACCACGGUUAA